AUGUCGUCAACGCCGGAAGAUACGCAGCCCCAAAAAGAGACCGGCUCUCAAAAGGGCCCUUGGACAGAUGAGGUCCGCGACAAAUUCGAUACAAAAUCCAAAAGCGAAUUCUACGACCCCUGCCAAGAGGCAGCGCAGCGAAGCUACAAGUGCCUCUUUCGAAACAACGGCGACAAGACCAUGUGUGGCGAAUACUUCCAGGCAUAUCGCGAUUGUAAACAGGCUUGGAUCGACAAACGAAAGAAAGAAAAGAAGAGCUGGUUUUGA